AUGUCGAGCUCAAAGAGUCCGCAUCGCGCCGCUGACCCUAUCAUUGGGAAAGAUACCCGUCGACCUGCCCUGUCCGAAAUCACCAACUCCGAAAGGGCUGCGCAGACCACGCCUGUUGAUAUCAAGGCUGAAGAACCCGCCGCCCAGGACGCCGAUACUCCACCCUCCACUGAGGCUGAGGCGCAUGGGCCUAAAGGCGAGAAUAGACCUCGCUUGACCAUUCGCAUCCCACCAAGUGCUACGACUACUAAGGUGGAGUCCGGUGCAGCGACUCCCACUGGAGACAAAACUCUAAUUGCUUCUGACGACGAGAAGACCGUUCCGGAAGGCAAAACCCGACCCGCUCUGGUCAUCAGGAUCCCGCCUCUUAAGGACGUCGCUGCUGCCGGCAAAAAGGGGAACGAAAAACCCUUGACUAUCACUAUUCCCCCGCUCCGUCGCGUAUCAAAAGCUUCCUCGACAACUGAACGAAACUUGAAGCGCAGUCGCUCUCAUGUCCCAGACGUAGUUCCCGACACACGUCUCCCCACUAUCAUCAUCCCCAGCAAUAACCAAGACCCCUCGCGGGAAACCAAGCGACGAAAGUUUUCCUCUAUUCUGGCGGAUAAUCGUGGCACAGAGCCCCUUAGCGCGGGGGGAACCAGCGACCCUGACGAUACUGGUGAGGAAAGUGACGAACCGGAGAUCGAACCGGCCACCGCUCAGGAGGGCGACGAAAAGGAAAGCGGUCAAGAGGCCGAAGUCAACGAUGCUGGAAAGAAUGAAGGCGACGUCGAAGACGAAGAGUGA